UUCCCGGAGACAAGAUGCGCCCCACGUGGGUUACAAAGGUAACAGAUCCUCAGUCCUGCAAGCAGUGCAGGGACAAUUCUGUGAGUAGGUGCCCUGCUCAGGCACAGUCCUGCCCUGCCGGUCAGAGCUCCUGCCUCAGUGUCUGGGAAGCAAACACGCUGGUCAAAGGAUCUGUGGAAAAUACAGGCUAUUCCUACUCCUGCGUCCCCUCCACCAUCCCCUCCAGGAACAUCUCCCUCUUCUUCGGGAACGGGGUGUAUGUGAAGAUUCAGUCCCAGAACUGCUCUACGAACGGCUGCAAUACGGCAUUCACUCCUGUCUGGCCGAUCAUCAACUCCGUCUACACGGGAGGCCGGUGCCCGAUCUGCUUUGCCCCGGGCCGGAGCAACUGUUCCAGCAAGGAGACCCUGCAGUGCGAGGGCCGCGCCAGCCAGUGCAUUUCCAUCAGCGGGCAGAUCUCGGAAGAUGACAUCACGAUACCCUUUGCAGCCAAAGGCUGCGCCACCCCGCACGCCUGUGAACUCAAGAAGGGAGAGAUUCUGGAUUCAGGAGUGUUCACCUACAAAAUAACCCAGACUGAGUGUUACACGCCCAGCGGCGCUCAGCGGAUCCUGGGCCCCCUCGGCCUGGGCAGCCUCUUGCCCAGUCUGGCUGGGCUCCUGGCAGUGAAAUUCCUCUCCUGACACCCCCCUGUGUCACCCCCACCCCAGGGGGAUCCACCCAGCAGCUGGAUGAUGCCCUCAUGGUCCGUGGGUCUCUCUCUCCUCUCCCUCCAACCCACCUGUGCCUCAGUUUCCCCAUCUGUGUCCAAAGGAUAACGAUGCUGAACCACGUUUGCAAAGAUCCAGGGAGUCAGGACCCAACAAAAGCCCACUGCAGCCAGAGUGGGAGGAGGGGGGGGUGCGUCUCUGCACAGACUGUGAUGUGCUGUGUUACAGCGCUGAGUCUUCUUGUAUUCCAC